AUGAACUUCCGAACCAUACUCCAUCUUGACCAAGUGAUUGCCGAUCUUGAAGCCCAAGUCAAACAACUGAAGUUGAUCGGUAAUGGAAAGAUUGGUAACUCGAGCGAUGCAUUCAAAAUAGAUACCCUAGAGAAAUCGUCAGAAGAAAGGGGAAUGUUGGAACAAGGGAAGUUGGAACAGGAGGAAUCGUCGGAACAGGAGGUAUCGUCAGAACAGGAGGAAUUGUCAGAACAGGAGGAAUUGUCAGAACAGGAGGUAUCGUCAGAACAGGAGGAAUCGUCAGAACAGGAGGAAUCGUCAGAACAGGAGGAAUUGUCAGAACAGGAGGAAUUGUCGGAACAAGGGGGAUCAGAACAAGGAGAAUUGUCAGAACAGGAACCUGAAAUUGUGCAAGAGAUUUCUGACAAGUUUCAAAAACUUGCAGCAAAGACGUCAAAUAUGGGUCCAUUUCUUGAAUCUUUGCUCCAAAUUGCUCAAAAAGGCCUGGACAUGGGUUUGUGGAAACCAUCAGAUUCCAGCCAAGAGGUAAGAGAGGGGACCUCUGUUCAAUUAUUGAUCACCUUGGCAGGGCAUUCGGGCGACCCCAAGGUCAAAGGUAUCCUACUUGGGGCGUUGAUGUCUCACUAG